AUGCCAGGGCUGUUUUCUGCCAACAACCUAAUAAAGAGUAGAAAGGCCAAGAGGCUGGCAGACACUGCCUACAGGAAGCGGGCGCUUGGGACAAAGUAUAAGCACAGUGUGCUUGGGAGAGCUCCCCAGGCAAAGGCAAUUGUUCUCGAGAAGAUCGGGGUUGAGGCCAAGCAACCGAACUCUGCCAUAAGGAAGGCCGUUAGAUGCCAGCUGAUUGCAACAGGAAAGAAGAUAACUGCGUUCGUUCCUUACGACGGGUCUGUCACAUACAUCGAAAGCAACGAUGAAGUAACUGUGGAAGGAUUUGGUAAGAAGGGAAGAAGCGUAGGAGAUAUCCCUGGAAUCAGAUUCAAAGUGUGCAAGGUACAGAACGUAUCCCUCCAUGCCAUAUUUACGGGAAAGAAGGAGAAGCCUUCAAGGUGA